GGCACCUCGCCCCUCUCUUUUGCUUUCCCCCGUAGAAGAGGACAGCUGGUUCAGUCCGGUCCUCAAGUGUGGAAGCUGCUGCAGUAUUCGGCAUUGGCGAUGGAGACGGAGCUCUUUGUCCUUGUAGAACAAGGAAGUUGGCGUAAGAUAGCCAAGCUUACUUGAGGGAAUGUACAGAGGCCCUGGCAGAGGGGACAGUGCUGAAACUCGGGGGAAGGAGAAACGUCCCUGUGCCUUGUCACUUUAGGAGUGUCUGGGGAAGAAACAAUGAUGUGGAAAUCACUGCUGAUGGUGGACCUAGGGGGAGCAGGGAGCCGGGCCCCCUGCGUGCUCCCCCUCCUUCUGCCCGCCUUCCGGUACCGGUCCACUUCGGCUAUUGAUCAGCAUGAGCUGGCUCGUGAGAGAUCCAAGACAGUCACCUCCUUCUAUAACCAGUCGGCCAUCGACAUAGCAGCUGAGAAGCCGUCCGUGAGGUUGACACCCACCACCAUGUUGUAUUCAGGACGUUCUCAGGAUGGAAGCCACCUGCUGAAAAGUGCCCGUUACCUGCAUCACGAACUACCUGUCCGCAUCGCCCACCGCAUCAAGGGCUUUCGGAGGCUCCCCUUCAUUAUUGGCUGCAACCCUACCAUUCUCCAUGUGCAUGAACUUUACAUUCGAGCCUUCCAGAAACUAAGCGAAUUUCCACCAAUCACAGACCAUGAUUCAGAGACCCAGUAUUGCAAACUGGUCCGGCAGCUCCUCGAUGACCACAAGGAUGUAGUGACGCUACUGGCUGAGGGCUUGCGGGAAUGUCGUAAGCACAUACAGGAUGAGCAGCUAAUCCGCUCUUUUCUGGACAAGACGCUCACUUCCCGCCUGGGAAUCCGGAUGUUGGCCACUCACCACCUUGCUUUACAUGAGGACAAGCCAGACUUCGUUGGGAUUAUAUGCACCCGUCUCUCCCCAAAGAAAAUAAUUGAGAAAUGGGUAGAUUUUGCCAGGCGCCUGUGUGAACACAAGUACGGAAAUGCUCCACGGGUGCGGAUCAAUGGACAUGUGGCUGCUCGCUUCCCUUUCAUACCUAUGCCUCUUGACUACAUCCUUCCAGAGCUGCUCAAGAAUGCCAUGCGAGCCACCAUGGAGUCUCACUUGGACACACCGUAUAACGUGCCGGACAUCGUCAUCACUAUUGCCAACAAUGACAUUGACUUGAUCAUAAGAAUUUCGGACCGAGGUGCUGGAAUCCCUCAUGACCAUGUUGAAAAGGUGACUGAUUAUCACUUCACCACUGCUGAAGCCAGCGCCCAGGACCCUCGUAUUAACACUCUGUUUGGCAACAUGAUGGAAAUGGGGAACAGCGCCCAGUCAGGGCCCAUGCAUGGGUUUGGCUUUGGGCUGCCGACCUCCCGUGCCUACGCUGAAUAUCUGGGUGGCUCUCUGACCCUCCAGUCCCUGCAGGGCAUUGGCACAGAUGUGUACCUUCGCCUCAAACACAUUGAUGGCAAAGAGGAGAGUUUCCGGAUCUAGAAAACCCUCUCUUGAUGGGCUGAGCCCCUCUCAACUGUUGGACAAAGUUUUAAUAUAUAUGCCCAACCCAGUUCUGCAUGAAUUCUUGUUCUCCAAUGGAUUUUUAAGAAUGCUACCCCUCUGAAACUCUUCGCUCCUGGAUAUUUGGACAUACUUCUUUCUUUGCGAUUACUGAGGGGCAUCAUCACUUGUUGGUUAGUCCAGCCUUCUCAGGUGUACUCAGUGGUUUACAAUCCAGAUUAUUAAAAGAGCCUGUGGACAAAUCUAUUAUUCCCACCCCCUUACGUGGGUUUAUUUAAAGCCACAAAAUGGUACUGGAACAAACGAAAGUCAGUUUUUGUGGCCCUCUAUACACUGCCAGGUCCAUCCAGGCUCUCGCUUGGCCUAACAUCGUCCUCUCUGCUGACGGAUACAAAGACUUUGGGUGUGGGAACGCUUGUAUUGUUGCAAGUCCUCACCUCAUUUGGUCCUCUUGGGCUCUUUUUGAACUGAAAAAAAGAAAAAACUGAUUCUGAACACGUAGUGUCAGAAAUUUCCCUCUUACUACGUAAUUCUCUGGUGAGGACUUCUGUAACAUCUUGACAGGGAAACCAACAUUUACACAACAGACUUCAGCAGGGAAGGACUGUUUGUGUUGCUCACAGCCCUGAAAUGCCCUCAGCUUGAGAGGGAAAAGACUGCCACGACACCAAAGAGGUACCUUCACCCUCUUCCCUACAUGGUGACGUAUUUUAUAUCCAGCCUUUCACAAUUCAAUCUUUGUGUUGUCAUUGUCUCAUUUUUUUAUCACAGGGAACAGGAUGAGGGUUUUCUCUUUCUUUCCACCAUCAUUUAAAGGAAAGUGGUUACAAGACAGAUUCACUUUUUUUGCUGUGAUAACUCCAAUAAAAAGCUCAGAUUCCAAAACCA